UAGCGGGGUGAACAGGCCGUGGCUCGGGUGGCUAAAGGUCCUCGAUGAUCUUCUUAGCCUUCCUGUAACACCGGUGCUGUAGAUGUCCUGGAAAGCAGGAACUGACGUUUAUCUGCGCGAGCGGGUGGAUGGAUGGAAAACAAUUGCAGCUGCAGGAAAAUGAUUACAAACAUCGUACCGCUCAAAGGUGUUUGAAGAAGCUGAACUCCUGUCUGACCUGUUGACACCAGAGCUGAACUACAAACUCUGCGUACAUGGCACCCUCAAGUUGACACCAUGGCCCAGAUAUCCAGUGGUAAUGGGUUCAAGCUGGAUGUGGCCCAGCCAAAGGGGGUUGUGGGUAAGGAGGAGGCCCUUCGUAUGGAGGCGGAAGCCUUAGCGAAACUACAAAUGGAGAAGAGACAGACGCUCCCGGCGACCUCCUCUUCCACCUCCUCUUCUGCUUCCUCACAAAACAAAGUUCAUCCUGCCACCGCUCCCAGGCCUACUCCUUCCUCCAGCAACCGACCGGAGAAGGAUCUCAUCGUCUUCCCUGAGGCCAAGAUGCAGGAAGAGAAGGACAAGUUCCGGGACAUCGACGUAGACAAGCUGACCAACCAGGAGUUAGAGAAGCUCCUGCUGGACGACAGCUUUGGGGCAAACAGCAGCAAGGCCUCGCGGCCCUCCUUGCUGCUGGGGUUCAACCUCAGCGCUUCUUACCCGGGGGGCCACGCCACCUGCAGCCCCUCGCCCUUCCACAGCGGCCAGUGGACGCCCUCCAUGCUCUCCACGCUCUCCAGUUCGGGCAUGUCCACACCCACCCACCAGCAGGCUCCCAUGUUUCCUUCUGCUCCGUUCCCUAACCCCGAAAACUUCUCCUUCCACAAUGGCUUUUCACCAGCCAUGCCGCCCUACAUAGGCCUGCCCGGCCCGCAGACCUCAUUCAUGGCCUUCACUCCCAUCCAGCAGCCCGGGGCCAUGGUGUUCCAGCAGCCCACCGUCACCUUGGAGAUGGCCAAGCUCUUCGACAAGAUCCACAGUACCUCGGAAUACUUGAAGAAUGGCAGGUCGGCCAGCACUGACCUGGAUUCUUCGUCGACCAGCAUCGCGUCCCUGGCGCCCAACCCACCACAACCUGCCAUGGAAUCCCCUGCUUUCAGCCGCUUCGAGUGGCUGGACCUGGACCCACUCAACAAGCGCAAAGCCGAGGGCGAGGAGGGCUCCUCCCUGGCAUCGCGCGGUACAGUAAUGGUGGUGGGAGGGCCAGCUGGAGGGGACCCCUGGGAUGCCGUGCUGCUCGACGAGACAGAGGGUGUGGCUGGUGGCAGCAGUCCACCCGUGGAGGUGACGGGUCAACUCGCGAGUCGCUCUCAGCACCGGAGGUCGUCGACGGGGGCAGCGGUCACCAGGAACCACUCCCUUACCAUCCCAGCGUCCUCAUCACAGCAAAAGCCAAACAAUCAGCACGAUAAGGGAAGUGGGAAAGCACUGGCAAAGUACACCGCCCUAGAGGAAAAGGAAGCCCAGAACCUAGAAGUUUUAGCCUUCUGUGAAGACGUAGCAAUACUGAGGUCAAAGUUCGCCCACGAUGACCUCCACACCAACCCGGGGUACGUGCUGAGCGCGGUAAUCCCCCAGAGGGACGGGGGAGGGGACAACGGCUGCAGCGUCAAGGUGUCCAUCGAGAUCUCUGAGUCCCAGGAGCCUGUCACCUUCACCUGCGACGUGAGUUCUCCUGUAGAGCUCCUCAUCAUGCAAGCCCUGUGUUGGGUCCACGACGACCUCAACCAGGUGGACAUCGGCAGCUACGUCCUCAAGGUCUGCGGCCAAGAGGAGGUGCUGCAAAAUAAGCACAGCCUGGGCAGCCACGAGUACGUACAGAACUGCAGGAAGUGGGAGGCAGAGAUCAAGCUCCAGCUGCUCUCCCAGAGCACCAUGAGAAGGGAUCUGGCACGAACGGCGGAAGACGACACCUCUCAGGUGGACUUGGAGAGGCACUUGGGCCAAGUGGAGAGGCCGUUCAAGGAGAACGUCACCAGACAAGGCCUGGCCGACUAUCUGGAAGGCUAUCACAAUCAAGUCAACAUCUGCCUGCAGAAUGAGAGCACCCAGUAUAAGACGGUGGAUCGGGUGGUGCAGACAGUGAAGAACCUCUGCUGUGCCCUGGACGAGGUGGAGACGCAGGCCAUCACAGAAGCAGUGAGAAGGGUUAAGUGUUCUGUCAACCUCCCCAGGACACGCUCGCCAGAGGUGGGCUCCAAAUCCUCGGCAAAUGGUCACCUCAGCCCCGUGGAGGAGUGCAUGGGCUUCCUGACGGACGCCGUCUACGAUCUGGCCAAGCUGUACUUACGCUCCUUCUGCCCCGCCUCCUCUACCCCUUACGCAGACCCCUCCUCAAACUCCCAGCAUGCCGAGGGGGAGUCUGCUGCGGAGGGGCGUGGCAGCAUGGAGGCCUCGGGCACCACGGACCAUCUGCAGUUCACCCUGUUCGCCAUGCACGGCAUCCCCGCCGUCUGGGUCAGCAGCUAUGAGAAGUACUACCUGAUGUGUGCUCUGACUCACAAUGGCAGGAACCUGUUCAAGCCCAUCCAGUCCAAGAAAGUGGGCACCUACAAGAGCUUCUUCUACCACAUCAAAUGGGACGAAAUGAUCAACUUUCCAAUGGCGGUGGCCCUGCUUCCAUUGGAGUCAAUGCUGACUCUCUCCCUCUUUGGGGUCCUGAACCAGAACGCCAGCGGCUCCCCAGACUCCAACAAACAGCGCAAGGGACCAGAAGUGCUGGGCAAAGUCUCCCUGCCCCUAUUUGACUUCCGACGGGUGCUGGCGAGGGGGACCAAGCUGCUGUGUCUGUGGACCUCUCCUCAGGCUGCCUCUGCUGCAGCCGGGAUCCGGAGGAAGAACCUGGCCGAGAGGAUCAUACUGCAGGUCGACUUCCCCAGCCCAGCGGUGGACGUGCUGUACGUGGGGCCCCAGGAGAGCCCCUGCCCUGACCCCAACACCCUGGAGGAGCUGGACCCUGACCUGCGCCGCCGGGUGGAGAAACUUUGCAGCCGAGCCUCUACCUUCGGGUUGACGCGGGCUGACCGCCAGCUGCUGUGGGACCAGCGGCACCACUGCCGGGCUCACACCCACAGCCUGCCCAAGGUGCUGGCCAGUGCCCCCAGCUGGGACUGGGGCAGCAUGGCUGAGAUUCACGCCCUCCUCCACAACUGGCCCUCACUCCAACCCGUCUGUGCACUGGAGCUGCUCGACUCUAAGUUUGCUGACACAGAGGUGAGGAGUGUGGCUGUCAGCUGGAUCGAAUCCAGCAGUGAUGACGAGUUGGCCGACUACCUACCUCAGCUAGUGCAGGCGCUGAAGUUUGAGUGUCACCUGAAGAACGCCCUGGUGAUAUUCCUGCUGUCCAGAGCACAGGGCAACGUCAACAUCACCCUUUACCUGUACUGGCUACUGAGGGAUGCGGUGCAGGACCCAGCGUUUGGCCGGAGGUACGACCAGGUGCUGGGGGCCCUGCUUUGUCUGUGUGGGGCCGGCCUCCGGGCCGAGCUGGACAAACAGACCCGCUUGGUCACUCUGCUGGGGGCACUGGCUGAGAAGGUCCGGCAGGCCGGGGGCUACGCACGACAGGUGGUGCUCCAGGAAGGUCUGGAGAGGGUGCAGUCAUUCUUCCAGAGGAACAGCUGCAGACUGCCCCUCAGCCCCAGCCUGGAGGCCAAACAACUCAACAUCAAGUCGUGCUCCUUCUUCAACUCCAAUGCGGUGCCCCUGAAGCUGGCCCUGGUGAACGCUGACCCUCUGGGAGAGGAGAUCAAUGUCAUGUUCAAGGUGGGAGAGGACCUGCGGCAGGACAUGCUGGCUCUGCAGAUGAUCCGGAUUAUGGACCGCAUCUGGCUUCAGGAGGGACUGGACCUCCGCAUAGUCAACUUCAAAUGCAUCUCCACUGGCAAAGACAAAGGUAUGGUGGAGCUGGUGCCGUCCUCAGACACCCUGAGGAAGAUCCAGGUGGAGUACGGCGUGACGGGCUCCUUCAAGGACAAGCCCCUGGCAGAGUGGCUCCGCAAGUACAACCCUGCUGAGGAUGAGUACGAGAAGGCAUCGGAGAACUUCAUCUACUCGUGUGCGGGCUGCUGCGUGGCCACCUAUGUGCUGGGUAUCUGCGACCGCCACAACGACAACAUCAUGCUGCGCUCCACCGGCCACAUGUUCCACAUCGACUUCGGCAAGUUCCUGGGCCACGCCCAGAUGUUCGGCAGCUUCAAAAGGGACCGUGCUCCAUUCGUGCUGACCUCUGACAUGGCCUACGUGAUCAACGGGGGGGAGAGGCCCACCAGUCGCUUCCAGCUGUUUGUGGACCUGUGCUCCCAGGCCUACAACCUCAUCCGUAAACACUCAGGCCUCUUCCUCAACCUGCUCUCACUGAUGACGUUGUCAGGCCUACCAGAGCUUACUGGAGCUCAGGACCUUAAGUACGUGUAUGACGCGCUGCAGCCCCAGACCACCGACGCAGAGGCCACCAUCUUCUUCACCAGGUUGAUUGAGACCAGCCUGGGCAGCGUUGCCACCAAGUUCAACUUCUUCAUCCACAACCUGGCCCAGAUGCGCUUCUCAGGCCUGCCGUCCAACGACGAGCCCAUCCUCUCCUUCUCCCCCAAGACCUACACGCUGAAGCAGGAGGGACGCAUCCGCGACGCCUCCAUCUUCUCCUUCCAGAAGAGAUACAACCCUGACAAGCACUACACGUAUGUGGUAAGACUCCUGCGAGAGGGGCAGAGCGAGGCCCAGUUUCUCUUACGCACCUUCGACGAGUUCCAGGAGCUCCACAACAAGCUGUGCAUCCUCUUCCCUCUGUGGAAGCUGCCAGGGUUCCCUAAUAGGAUGGUGCUGGGCCGUACACACAUCAAGGACGUGGCGGCCAAGAGGAAGAUUGAGCUCAACAGCUAUGUCCACAACCUGUUGAGGAGCUCCACAGAGGUCACCCAGUGUGAUCUUAUCUAUACAUUCUUCCAUCCGAUUGCGAGAGACGACAAGACGGAAGGAUUCGAGGCGAUCUCCAAAGCACCAGAGGCGCCACCAUUGAGUCCCACCUCAGGCAGAGUGGAGGGGGAGGUGAAGCUGUCUGUUUCCUACAGGAACAGCACACUCUUCAUCAUGGUCAUGCACAUCCGAGACCUGGUAUCUGAGGAGGGGACAGACCCUAACCCUUAUGUGAAAACCUACCUGCUCCCAGACCCCCACAAAACCUCCAAGUGCAAAACAAAGAUAUCCAGGAAGACCAGGAACCCCACUUUCAACGAAAUGCUGGUGUACAGUGGCUACAGCAAGGAGACCCUUGGGCUGCGGGAGCUGCAACUGAGCGUGCUUAGUGCCGAGUCGCUGAGAGAGAACUGCUACCUGGGCGGCGUCACGCUCAAACUCAAGGACUUCGACCUCAGCAAGGAGACGGUCAAUUGGUACAAGCUGACCGCUGUGCCCUACUUCUAGACGACUUCACCUGAGAACAACUCCACUUCUCACCUCUUCAAAAACUCCUGAGAUACACCCAUAUAAGGGCAACGGAACUGGCCACCCCCCGGGGGAGGUGCUUCUAACCUCCACCCCCUUCCUCCUCAAGCUCACCUCAUUCCCAACCUCUCUUUGACCCUGUCCAGAAACCCCUCCUACCCCCUGAAGGCCGUUCAUGUAGAGCCUAAAGAAUUAUAAGCAAUAUUGUAGCACCAACCUUUCAGAUCUACACAAGUGCCUAAGGGAUAGGGGCUAGGCUAGGGGAUGUUUCUGGGUGUGGGGCCUUUCUCUCUCUCUCACACUCACUAAUCAUGGUUGUUUCCUCAUCGUAGCAAACAAUCUCCACUUAUUUUGUUUGAUCUUAAACUAUAACACGAGAGCUGUAAUGUUUUGUACAUUUUGACAUUAGUGGACCAAAAUGGCUUACUUUCAGAAGAGUAUAUAUAGAUUGACACAUUUAUUUUUUAAAAAGGGGCUCAUUUUUACAUUUAACUUUUUUCUACGUAGACAAAUAGGAAGUGUCUGGUUUCCUGCUAAGCUAGCUGAGAAUGUCUGGGGAUGUGUCCGUCUCAAACCAGACUCCAGGGAAGAGAGUGAUCUUGUGUUUCCCAAUCACGUGCCAAAAGAACUGAUGAUGAUGAUGGCAAACCACUCUUCCAAAGGGGAACCGAACAGGGUGCCUUGUUUGUGUUCACAAUCUCUACUACGCUCCACUUUAACCUUAUCACAGUAUAUUUGAUACAAAUUGUGAUGCCCCAAUUGAAAAAGAAAUCUAUUCUGUCAAAUAAUGUCAACAGUUCUUCCACUGUGAGUGGGGUUCAGGACUAGCAUCAGAAGGUGUUGGAACGAUCAGCUCCAACUUGUCUGCACACCACCAUGUCUUUUUAAUGGUAAUUACUUGACUCCUUUUCGGGAUUUGUAUCACGAACACUCUCUUGUCGUGCAUUUGAUGGUGUAGGAUAAGAUUGCCUCUAAACACUGAUCUAAAGUCAGAUGUUAUAUCGUCACCUAUUGGUUUAAGGGUAGAAUUUGGGGUGGGGUAAGCUGAUCCUAGAUCUGUGCUGUAGGGGUAACUUGACCUGGAGCCAUAUGGACAAAAAAAGGGAAAGACAUCCAGGGCAAGAGAUACGCUGCUUCCUCUGAGCCGACUACAAAACUAAAGAUGAAAUAAUGAAUAAUGAAUUUAUCCUGGAGGGGUUUUAAAGAGAAUAUCAACAAAGACAAAUAGUGACUUGAUCCACUAUUUUAAUGACUGUAAAAAUAAAAUAAAAACAUGCUGAGUUUGUAUUAUUAACAUGGCCAGUUAUUUAUUCUUAAUUGGUUACCUUAACCCGAAUGAAUCGGUGUCUACUGUAAUCCCUUCUUUCCUAAAGCAAAUUAAAUGUUUUUUUGAACAGA